CAGUUUGACGUUUCCCAACACGACUUGUUGUUGUCUGCAGCCGGUGUGCUUGCUCGUGCGUGCGUCCGUGUUGUUUUUCGCCCUGAAAAGAUGUCCAAUUCACAUUUAUUUCUUAAAUCCGGGUUUCCCCGAGCACCGCUACAGAAUGGAAUCGGUCGGUACGUGUGCCAGCUGCAGCGCAUCACCCUAAAGUACUGUAAAACCAGCGGUUCCAGCAAGGGAAUGCGUGAGUUCCUCGAGCACGAGCUGGUCGACUUUAGCCGCACCAAUCCCGGUGUUGUGGUGUACGUGAAACCCCGCCGGCACCGGACUGCCGUGAUGUCGGCCGAAUUUUUGAACGGGGAGAAAACGUGGAUAAACUGUCGCAACAAUACGCGGGACGAGAUAUCGAAAUGGAUCCAGGUGCUGAAGCAAUCGAACGGCCAGUCGGAGGAGAUGCGCUUACGUAAACACUGGCACACGGACGUGCCGAGUGUGCAGGGUGCUUGGACACCGUUUACCCAUCGCCAUCCAUCGGCCAACGUGACCGAGUUCCCGAGCAAGCAGCUGUCGAAACUGAAGGAGGACGAACCGAGUGCUACCGAGAAGCUGCUCGAGCUGUAUAUGGCGCAACGGAACAAAACUGCAGCGAGCGGGUCAGAAGCGAAAUAGUGAAUAGUUUUCAUUGAAUUACUUUGCAAUAAACGAUUAGUAGUAGUGCAA